AUGCCUGAGAAGCAAUACAUUGUUGACCCUGUGACUGGUGAUCGUUAUCGUGUAGGAGGAUGCAUUAUUAGCAGUCAACCGUCGGAUCUUCCAAAAUUUGGUGUUACACGAACACUUUCGAACAAACAUCUUCCAUCAUCGGUUGAUUUACGGCAACUUAUGACACCUGUUGAAUCCCAAGGUGAACUCAACUCAUGUGUCGGAAACGCGGUUGCUGGUGCCUAUGAAUUUCUAAUGAUGAAGAAUUUGAAAAAACACAUCGAUAUGAGUCGGCUGUUUAUCUAUUAUGUUAGCCGUAAGAAAGACACACCAUCAUGUAAUCACUUAGUUGAUGAAGGUACUACUAUUCGAAGUGCGAUUGCUGCAUUAACUGAAUACGGCUGUUGUAAAGAAGAAUCGUUGCCUUAUAAUCCUGCAUAUGUGAAUCGUCAACCACCAGCUCAUUGUUAUAUCGAAGCGAAAAAUUAUCGUAUAUCCGAAGCCAUGAAUGUUCAAUUAGAUUUAAACGAAAUGAAAGCUUGCUUAGCGGAAGGAUUUCCAUUUGUAUUCGGCCUUCAAAUAUUCAAUUCUUUUGCAACAGCAGGAUCUAAUGGUGGACGCGUGUCGAUACCUGAACCUUACUAUGAAUCACAAGCUGUUCAACACGGUUGGCAUGCAAUGUUAGCCGUUGGAUACAGUGAUCCUUCCCAAUGUUUUCUAGUACGAAAUUCUUGGGGCGAAGAUUGGGGCGAUAAAGGUUAUUGUUACAUUCCCUAUACGUAUAUGUGUACUCCAGCGCACUGUCAAGAUUUACAUGCGAUUAAAAUUGUAGAAAACGGUCAACACAAACACAAUGAUAUCGAUAUAUCAAAUCCAUAUCACUGGAGCAUUGAUAGUGAUAAGAAAUUCUUUAUUCCAACUGACUAUCUUCAUCAUGAUAUUGGAUAUAAAUUCUUUUGGAAAUUCAAUGAUACAUUCGAUUAUUUCAAUUCCGUUUGGAAUAAUAGUCAGCUCGAAAAUUUCAAUUCCCUUUGGAAUAAUAGUCACCUCGAAAAUUUCCAAUUGGACAAAAUCUUCUCGAAAAAGUAUUUUCCACAGGAGAAACGCGCAACACAAAAUGCUCAAACCACAUCGUUUGUUCUUUGGAUCGAUAGAAAAACUCACGAUCAAGCGCUAAUCGAACAAAAAAUGGUCAAUGAACAUAUUCACUUUGACUUCUGUGAAACUAUGUCAAAAGCCGAACACCAUCUAUUAACACAUGCCAAGAAAAUCAAAGCAUCAUCAUCAUUUCAAAUCAUCUGCCGUGGAUACUAUAAAGACGAAAAUAAGAAUCCGUUGGAUUUAUUAAAAUUUUUACAUCAUCAUCACUUACAUCGUGUACCUGUUACUGUGUUUACCCAAGAUGUAGACGGUUUAAAAAUGCAUUUACAACAUGGGGCAUUAUCUAUGGAUAUUCACGAUUGGAAACAACGGCUAUUCAUCACGAAUAGUUCCCAAGAAUUAAUUAAUCACAUGAAACAGAAUAUCAUCGAGUAUUUUGAUACAAAAGCAUCAUCCAUGUCGAAUAGUAUUCGACGUAUUGCUGAAUUUUCAAGAAAAUCAGCGAGAAGCGUGAAGAACAUCAAUCUAUUUCCUUCAGUGCCUCCAUCGGUAGAUGCACAUGAUCUUCAAAACGAACGAAUUGCAACAGUAUUGUUUCUCUCACUAUUCCUACUUUCGAUUAUAGUACUUUUUCAAUACAAUUCUCAUCUGACUGUCCUACAAACGAAUACUUUUGCCACACCAACAUUUGAACAAUACGAACAACUCAAUUCGACUCAUUCACAAACACUCACCUGUCCCUGCAAACAUACAUCCAUCGACUAUCACCAUUUCCUUCGUAUCGAAUACACAUUACAUCAAGUAUGCACCAGUGUGUACGUGUCAUCACAAUGGAUCGAAUAUCUCUAUCAUUCACAUGAUAACAAGAACAUCUUCGUGGAAGAUUUUCGUAAGUCAGGUGUUCACAGUUUCCAAGCGUUGAGUAUGUUGUGUGAACUGAUCAAUCGAACGAUAUCGGAAAGCCUGGUCCAACUAAGAUCUAACAAAUAUAUUAGCACAAGUGCAACAUCUUCUAACCUAUUUGAUUCACAAAUCCGAACACUUAUCGAUCAAUUCAGAUCAUCGGUAACAAACAACUUUCUUCAUUCGUUGAAUAUCAUUCGUAGCACAACACAAUCCAAUAGAUUGUAUUCAACGAUGAAAACUAAUCACAACUUCGAUCUAUCGAUAAGUUCAGUACAAAUAGGUAAUUGUAGUUGUGCCAACACAUCGACUUGCAUUCAACCAUUCGGAAUAUAUAACUAUCCAAAUACUGAACCAUUAGUUUUGAUAGAUAAUUUCUAUCGCGGUUGCUAUACGAUGGAAGCACUUCUACAAUCGACCCUCGAGUGCUGGUAUAAUCAAACAUGUCUGGAUCUUCUUCAAUCAAAUAUUCAAUCUUCUUCUUCACAAUGGAAUUUAACAGCCCUCCACUCAUCAAAAUCAAUCCAUUACUUUAGUAAUUCGACAGUACAAGAUUUACUCGAUGAGCUAAUGAUUGAAAUAUGGAAAGCAUCGAUCGUGUACGAAAAAUAUUACAUGCAAUGUCAACCACAAGAAUGCACUUAUGUCUAUAAACAGAAAUAUGGAUUGUUUCGAAGUAUUACCGUUUUUCUUGGAUUGCUUGGCGGACUUACCGUUGUUUUAGCAGGCGUCAUACCAUUAACAGUUAAAUUGGUCAGGAGAAAACGACGAGUAGCAGCAGCAGCAGCCGUUGAAAAUGGAACGUCUAUUGUUCGAUCAAAUCCUUGCUAUUUUCAAAGAUUAAUAAUACACCUCAGAGCAUUAAACUUUUUCCCGUCAACACCUCCGUCUACCGAUGAAUAUGAUCUUCAAAAUGAACGGAUAUCAACGAGAUUAUUUAUUCUAUUAGUUAUACUCUCAUUCACCAUACUUUGCAUAUGUAACUCGUUGAGUGCUACUAUUGAAACAAAUACGAUCGAAGCACCAACUCGAAAACGCUAUGAACAUUUGUAUGCAAUCUAUGCUCAAACUCUUUCAUGUACGUGCAAACAGAUAUGCAUAGAUUACCGCAAAUUCAUCUAUGUCAACCAUACAUCUCAUCAGAUAUGCGCAAGUCGGUUCGUUACUCCAGAAUGGAUUGAUCAUAUCAAUAUGUUUGAAAAUGAUACGAUAGCUGUAGAAGAUGUUGAAUAUUCAGGCACAUACAUUUUUCAAGCACUACGCAUGAUAUGCCAAUUGGUAAAUCGAACUAUCUCGGAUAGUUUGAGUCAGUUCUUUUCGCAACAAUAUAUUAGUACAAGUGUAACGCCGUCUCAUUUAUUACAAUCACAGAUUCAAACAAAUUUUAAGCAAGUCCGCUUAUCGACAACAAAUAAUUUUCUUCUUGCACUUGAUACUGUUCAAAGUACGACACAAGCAAACGCUUUAUUGUCAGCAUUAUUAACAAAUUAUCAUUCACCGAUUACGACGGAUAAUGCAACAGUUGAAUUUAAUCCAAGAUAUUAUGGCAACUGUAGUUGUGCUAUUAGAACGACAUGUGUCACCGAAUUUUCAACAUAUGUCAAUACCAAUAAAACGUCAGUUACCACAAUACCUGGUUUAUAUAGAGGUUGUUAUGUGUUCGAAGCACUUCGUCAAUCAACGCUCGAAUGUUUAUUUAAUGAAAAGUGUGUUCGGCAAUUUCAUUCGAUCAAUGCUACAGCUCUUCAUUUAUCAUUACCAACCAAAUACCGUAUCAAUUCGACAGUUGAGCAGCUACUCGAAGAGCUGAUGAUUGAACACUGGAAUUUAUCUGUUAUAUAUGAGUAUUAUUAUGAUAGUUGCCAACCGAUUCGGUGCAGUUAUAUUUAUACUGCAACUCAUGGUGUGGUUUACCUUAUAACUACAUUGAUGGCAUUGAUAGGCGGUCUAGCUGUUGUUUGGAAGGCAAUAGUUCCAGUUGUGAUCAAGUUAAUAAGAAGACGAAGACCAGUGCCAAACGAAGGAGUUGAUAUUCAUCAGAGAACGCAAGUAGCGAUCUUACGACAAGAAGUAAUUAAUUUCCUCCGAAUAUUCCAUUUAUUUCCGCCAACAACACGGCUCGAUAACCGGCAACGAAAUCGAAAUGAACAAAAAUUUGUCAAAGUUUUAGUUUAUCUUCUAGUUCUACUACUGACGGUACUUCUCUUAUACAAUUCUCUUUCUACAAUCGUGGAACCAGUCAGCGUCACCACACCAACAUUUGAACAAUACGAACAACUCAAUUCGACUCAUCCACAAACACUCACCUGUCCCUGCAAACAUACAUCCAUCGACUAUCACCAUUUCCUUCGUAUCGAAUACACAUUACAUCAAGUAUGCACCAGCGUGUAUGUGUCAUCACAAUGGAUCGAAUAUCUCUAUCAUUCACAUGAUAACAAGAACAUCUUCGUGGAAGAUUUUCGUAAGUCAGGUAUUCAUAGUUUUCAAGCGUUGAGUAUGUUGUGUGAACUGAUCAAUCGAACGAUAUCGGAAAGCCUGGUCCAACUAAGAUCUAACAAAUAUAUUAGCACAAGCAUGACGCCAUUCAGCUUAUUUCAAUCCCAAAUUGAUUCGUUUGUUAGUCAGUACAGAUUAUCUGCGACACAAAGUUUUCUUCUUUCAUUCGAUUUAAUACGAAACACCACUCAAUCAAAUACGUUACUAUCCGCUUCGUCAACGAAUUAUGCACUUCAUUAUCUAAGUACAUCCAGUUUUUCAAUUCUACAUUCAAAAUCCUAUUCAAAUUGUACAUGUGAAAUCAAUCCGACCUGUGUCCAAUCAUCUUCAGUUUACAAUUCAUCUGGUCAGUUCUCGAUUCCCGGCUUUUACUACGGAUGUUAUACCAUUGAAGCGCUUCUUCAAUCGACGCUCGAAUGUUUCUUUAAUGAAGCCUGUAUAAAUAAACUCCUGUCAUCUAUUAAUUCGGUUUCAUCGAUCAGAAUCGCGACUCUCAACUCAGCAUUGCUAAGUCGAUAUUCUACGAAUACAACGAUACAACAAUUGCUGAACUCCUUAAUGAUCGAACAGUGGCAACUCGUUACGAAAUAUAAAGAUUAUUACGCACAAUGUCAACCAUCUGAAUGUAUUUAUACCUAUUCACGAACGAGCAACGCGAUUUACAUCGCGACUACAUUACUAGCGCUGUUCGGUGGUUUGAUCACAUUUUUGAAGAUCGUCAUCCCAGUCUUAGUCAAACUUAUCGAAUGGAUCAAUCGAAGAUCUAGAAGACGACAGAGAAUACAGCGAGUUGCUAUUAUUUCCAACGAAUAA